CCAAUUCCUGAUGACCCGCAUUCGGAAGGUCACUUUCAUUCUCCAGAAAUAAUUAGGGAUAUUGUAUUGGGAUUAAGUGACGGCGGUUAUUUGGCUGCAAAAUCAGAUGCGGAUCAUUAUGAUACGGAAAGACUUAGAGAAGAGUGGGAAGUUCAGAAUUGUCCUGAAGCUGAAGCUCAAGAAAUUAUCG